AAAUUCAAUUAUUAAGAAGAAUUAUUUGUCCUAGAAAUUUGGCACUCGAUUUUCUUGAAGAAAUUUGAAAUCCAUGAAUGAGAAAACUUUGCAUGGACCACCUUUAAAUUUUUCAUUUAGAUCAUUGAAUACAAUUAAAGAAGUCCUAGAACAUCGUCCAAGAAUAUGGACUAGACAACUGAAGAAAGAUGAAAACGGAAAAUAUUUGACUCGAGGAAUUCAAUUAAAUAAUAAUUUAUUAACUUCAUUGGAAGGGUUUACUGAAGUAGCUGAAAAGUUUCUUGCCUUCCCUGAAGAUAUUUCGUGGAUCGAUAUCAGUUUCAAUCAUUUAACUUCUAUAGAAUCGAUCUUAUUGAAUUUUCCAAAUUUAAGAAUAUUAUAUUUACACGGAAACAAUAUAAAUCGACUAUCGCAAUUAUCAUUGUUAACCGAACUAACUCAUCUGAAGAAACUGACCCUGUUCAACAAUCCUGUAGAAACAUUGCCAUUCUAUAGAAUGAAAGUCCUGGGUUAUUUACCAAAUUUAAAGAGUUUAGAUUUCAGUGGAGUUACACUCAAAGAGAGUGAAAGAGCUUCGAGAGAAUUCUCAUCUCACUUAAAUCCCUGAUGUAUUUAAAUUCGUGAUUUCUUCUCCUUAAAUCUAAUUUUAAUAAUAAAAAUUUCAUGUUAUUCAUAAUUUUAGAAAAUAUCUGACUAAAAUAAAUUCGAUUUUUGGAGUGGUAGAUUAAGGCAAUGCAACACAUGUCAGGAGGGUGCCUCCUGGGAAGACUUUUAUGGGAAACUGGCCCCUAUUCUGGUGUUAAACACGUAAAGAAAACAUAAAAAUAUUCACUCAACCAGCCCUUUAGUGAGGUGAGAACCCCCGAAAACAAAACAAAAAAAUUAUAUUUUGGGCCAUCGUUGUGUCCGAGCCAAAACCAGCCUACUUACCUCUCACUGACGGAAUGUAUCAAUAGAUAAAACCAUUAGUAAGGAAGCUAUUUAUAUGCUUCCUUGAAAGAUUGUGGCACAUAUAAAUAACAAGUUA